UUCGCGCAGGCGCACUCGGGUACGCGCGCCUUUCUGCGAGUUUCUACCUGCUCCGCUGCGGUAGCGCGGGUCUCAGGGUGACCCUGAGCGGACUUUGUUUCCUAAAACAUGAGGUCCUUUUCCACACGCUGGUUUGGAGGACAGCUGUUGCUGUGACAAUAUUCCCAUUUACGGCUAUUUUGAGGUCUUUGUUCUGCCAUUUUCACUGCUUCAAAAUCAGCCUUUUUGCCAAGUUUCAGUUCUGUGGGCAAACUUUACGUGAGAUGGAAGAUUUUCGUGGCAUAACAGAAGAGUCAUUUCCAAGUUUUCUAGCCAAUUCGUUACUUGGUAAUAGUGGGGUUUUGGAAGAUGUCACUCUUUCUUCGAAACUUGGGCUUCCUGUUGCUGUUUCCACUCUUGCGAGGACUAGAGCCAGCACUGAUAACAGGUGUCCUGAUGUCCAGGCCUCCUACUUAGAGGGGAGGUUUUCAGCUCCAUCCGAGUUGUCUCCCAGUUGCUGCAGUGACCCUGAAGCCCGGGAGAGGCUGCAGCUCAGCUUCCAGGACGAGGAAAAAAAGAGCAAUACAGCAAGUCCACAUCCGUCCCAUGCUGUCUUGAAGCUGUUGUCUCUUCAGAGUGAAGGACCAGGAGCAGAAGAGCAGCCCGCUGACACUGCAGUCGUCUGCUGGCCUCCGGCCCCUGUAGGCAGAGCUUCAGCUCCAAAGCGAGCACCAGACCCUUCUGCUGACUUCCAUGUAAGAUCACGGAUGAAUAAUCAGGAGUACAAGAUUGUUGAACCUGAUGGUCGGAAACUUCCUGAAGACACAAUUCCAAACAGUGACUUCAGCCAUGUUAGCUUGUUAGAAAACGAGAAACUCAUGUCACUGACAAGCUUGGAGGAUUCUUCUGAUGAUGAUAUUAAUGAUGAAGAGUUUUAUGAUGAUCAUUUGGAGGCUUAUUUUGAACAACUGGCAAUUCCAGCAAUGAUUUAUGAAGGCCUAGAAGGACAAGAAUCUCUAGAAAAAGAUUUUAGGUUACCUGCAAGGGUUCCUAGUCAGGCAAAUGAAAACAGCAGCCAACGCUGGAAGUUUCAAUCCAGAAGUAACAGCUCUCUGGUUUCCCAGGGCUCAUGCUCUUCAGGAAGCUGUGAAAGGACUGAGAGAGAGACUGAAGAAAGUCGCGUUGGCUUGUCAGGAACCAGCCAGUGUGUAGGUCCUGGAGAUGGCAGAAUGCUUGUAGAUGGUGUGUUUCCAUCUUCCCCAAAUACUUGGAGAGUCGAGAAGGGAAGGGCAGACCAUACCAAAGAAAGUACAGAAGAGGAUGUUCUGGUGCAGAGUCCCCGAGUUACCAGUGAGAAACUUCACCCCAUUUACUUCCAUGACACCGACAGAGGUGGUUCUGACUCCGCUAACUCUGUGGGACUAGGGGCAGGACCUUCUCAGUUGGCCUCAGAUUCUGAAACCGUUUUGCUCAAGGAUGGAUGCUUAGAUGUCGAGGCUCCUGCAGUGCCUGAUCAGAAAAGUGUGGUCACAGCAUCUUUCAAGAAUGCUUGUGACAGUAGAAUUAAUUCCAGUGAUACCGUUUGGUCACCAACUUGUAAAAGGAGAACGUACCAAUGUUCUGAGUCCAUGGACAAGAGUAAAGACCAAAUGAACUUCCCCCAGAAUGUGGUUUAUCAAAAUGAAGAAGGUAGAUGGGUCACUGACCUUGCCUAUUACAUGUCUUUUAAUAACAAACAAGAUUUAAAUGUGUCGCUAAGUGAAAUGAAUGAAGACUUCAGAUCUGGUUCUGAAGUAUUGGAUUUGAUUGCAAAAGAUGAAGAAGAAUUUAAUAAAGAGCAUCAGUUUAUACAGGAAGAAAACAUAGAUGCUCAGAGCACUUCGGCUGUCCUGGGUGAUACGUCGUGGACAGCUACAGUUAAUUACAGUCUGUUGAGGAAAUCACUGAGCACAUCGGAUCUGGACAAAGAUGAGGCCAGUUAUCUACGGCUGUCGUUAGGAGAAUUCUUUGCUCAAAGGUCUGAAGCUCUUGGUUGCCUUGGUGGUGGAAGCAGUGUGAAAAGACCAUCAUUUGGUUAUUUCAUUAGAUCACCUGAGAAGAGCACACCGGUUGCUUUAAUAAGCAAGUCUGACACGCCAAGAAGUAAUUCAGAGAAGGAGAUGGCUCAUCUGAACUCCAGUCUGUCUUCAGGAGAUCUGAACGAGCAGUCCCAGGCACAGCUGAGCCAAGGAUCCGUUACCCUGCAGGUGGAAACCCUGGAGAGAACUUCAGACGCACAUGAGCAUGAUGUGACGCUGACUGCCACCGAGGGGACGGCGGAGGACUCUUUCUUCAGGAAUAACAAACUCCAGCACAAAGAGGAGCUCCCCGACCAUGGUGAUUCUGUGCUCAGGAUCAGCACCAUCGCGUCAGCCAUCGCGGACGCCUCGGUCAGCACCGAUCCCUCCCAGUUUGCCGCCCUCAUGAAGGCCCUGAGAAACAGAGCCAGGGGCCAGGCUACUCAGGAGCGUGGCGAGCACAGGGACUGCUCCGUGUUGUCCUGUCGCUCCCCUGGUGACUUGCACGGAGGCAGUGGCUCCGGCGCAUUUGAAAUGGAGAAGUACCUCACAAAAACGGACCUUAGUAGAUGUGAAGGUGGGUUAGAAAGUGUGUCAAGAGCUGGCCUGCUGGACGUGUGGGACUUGUCGUUGCUAAAAGAACAGACUGCUGAGGAUGUCCACGCGGUCAGCUCUUGUGCUGCUAACUUGAGUGAGCGGGAACGCAGAGAAAAGACAGCAGCUGUGCUUCCUGGCGGAAGUGGAGAGAGUGAGAAUCGGGGCUCAUUCGGAACCGCUGAGUCUUCAGACUCCACUCGGCCGAGUCUGAGGGAGGAGGGCGCAGCGGCUGGCGGGCAGACACUUGCCUCCGACCACGCCUUGCCAGACACUGGUCCCGGUGAGGAAGCGGCCUCUGUGUCCACUCCAGCGCCCAGCAGUUACUCCUCGGUAAGGAGCCCCCGAAGAACACCCCUCUGCCUCUUGGAAGAGUGUGAAGAAAUGCAAAAUCAGAGGCAAACGGAGGGUGCUCGUGAAACAAGCAACAGUGACAAGCGCACGACUUUUGAAGAGCCUUGUGUCGCCUCACCGGGAAGUGUGGAUUGCAGGAACGCCUCUGCUGAGCACGCCGGGGCUGGCUCGGAGGAGGAGCAGGAGAGCUUCUGGCCGUCCACCUCCCCACUCAGCCACUCUUCACCCAGCGAGGGCUCGCGGGCCAGUGCGUCAGGGGGUGCUUCAGAGUCCCUCGACUUAGCAGCCUGUACCCAGAAGUGCCCUGCUGAGAGUGAGGAGAGUGAGCUGUCCCGGCUGGCAUGUUCCCAUGCUGACGCGAGCAGACUGACUUACCUGUCUGAACAGGAGAGCACCUGUCCAACCUCAGCCACUAACGAUGCCGGCAAGAGUGACCUCACCAGUGAGCUGAGCACCGCAAUCAUCCGAGCCAGCCCGCUGCCCCCCAAGGAGGAGGCAGAGCUGUCCCUUCAGCAGAGCAGGGGAGCCGCAUUCCCCCGAGGGGGUCCCGAGCGAGUGGUCCCCAGUGAGUCUGGAGUAUGGAGAGCCGCUGCAGCUGCUUCUCUGAGUAGCAGGCCUCACGACAUGGAACCUAACUCCGCCUCGAGCCAGGUCCCUUCUGAGAGUGGAGCGCUGUGGGAAGCCAGGCAGCUGGUGGGGAUGUCCUGCUGCGGGACAGGCCAGGCUCUGAGCCAGCCAGGUCUCAGCUUCUGGGCUGGGCUGGCCCCACCUCAGCUCCCUGCACCAGGCCAACAGCCCGUGGUUGGAGGUCAGAGGACAGCUUCUGAGGACCCCGGCAGUGAGUCCUGGGGCCAGGUCCCUCGACGAAGUAUCCCUGGACACGAGCUCGCUGCUGACGCUGACGCUGACGCUGACGCUGCCGCUGCCACUGCCACUGCCGCCGCCCCCGCUGCCGCCGCCAAGGGGCAGAGUGUGCCCUCUUCCUAUCCUGCGCUCUGGGCAGGGCCGCCCCUCAUCACAGCCACCUUGGCCCAGCAGUGUGCAAGGACACACGUCGCGUUGCCGCCUCCGUGCCACGCAGGCAGCGCCCCGGUCUGUGGGUUCUCAGGACGGCCCCCUUACCCAGGUGUGGCAGGGGACCACGUUCAGAACCCCGUGGCUAUGGGGAUUUGUCUAGGGCCAGGUCUCACUUCUGGACUGCUGGGUUCCUCUACCCUUUGUAACCCGUGCUCUGACGCCUUCCAUCAGACCCUGCACAGCACAGCAAAACCUUUUCCCACGCACCCUGCCAGCGCAAGCUGUGGGAUCGAGCCCUGGGAUUCAGGGAUGAUGGCAGGAUUUGCGAGCGUCAGGGUGCCGGAGGAGCUGAGGUUCCCGCAUGCGUGCUGCAUGGGCAUCGCCUCGCAGACCCACCUCAGCGUGCUCAACCCCACCGACCGCUGGCUGCAGGUCAGCGUGGCCGUGCUGAGUGUCAGUGUCAACGGGGAGAAGGUGGAUCUCUCAACAUAUCCUUGUUUAGUUUUCAAGAAUAAAGUCAUCGUAAGACCACAUGCAGCAGAAGAGAUAACAGUGCUUUUCAUACCGUUGGAUCCCGGGAUUUUCAAAUGUGUGUUCAGGGUUGCUUCGUGGCCAUUUUCAGCAGACACUGAGACAAUCAUGCAAGCGGAAGCCUUGGCGAGCAGAGUUGUUCUCACUGCCAUUGCCGAGAGCCCUGUCAUUGAGGUAGAAACGGAAAGGAAAGGUGUUCUUGAUUUUGGUGACGUGACUUACGGAGGCUGGAAGGCUCUCCCGGUGAAACUGAUUAACAGGUCGCACGCCUCCGUGCCACUCAGGCUGGUUAUUAAUGCUAAUGCCUUAGCCUGGCGCUGCUUCACGUUUGCCAAGGAACCAGUUCCUGCUUCCCUGAAAACUGCUCCCUAUGCUGAUGUUGUGGCUCAGCUGGCGGCUCCGUCUGUGGUCAGCUAUGUGAUGCCUGCCAGCUAUGAAGGACAGGAUCCAAAAUUUCUGAUAAUUUGGGUUCUUUUCCAUAGUCCAAAGAAACUAAUUGCUUCUUCAGAGACUCUAGGUUCAGCGGAAGAGUUUGUGGCAAGGGUUGACAUCGAAGUGGACAGCCCGAACCCCACCCCAGCUCUCAGCAGCGUGGGUCUCCGUGCAAGAGCAGGCAUUGCCAGGAUCCACGCCCCCAGGGACCUGCAGACUGUGCAUUUGUUGGCCAGUGUGAAUUCUGCAGCAAAGCAGCCCUUACCUCUGAAAAAUGCUGGAAAUAUUGAAGUUUACUUAGAUAUCAAGGUCCCAGAACAAGGAAGUCACUUUUCAGUGUAUCCAGAGAAUCUAUUCCUUAAGCCUGGAGAAGAACAUGAAGUGAUAGUUUCCUUUACGCCAAAGGAUCCCAAAGCCUGUGAGGAAAGGAUCUUGAAGAUAUUUGUACAUCCGUGUGGCCCUCAGUAUGAAGUGGUGUUAAAGGGUGAAGCCAUUUCUUCCGGAAGUCAACCUCUGUCCCCAGGCCCUUGCUGCUCAGAUCUUCCAUCCAUUCUGUCCAAUAAGCAGUUCCUGGCGUGGGGCGGUGUCCCUCUGGGCAGGACACAGCUUCAGAAGUUGGUUUUGAGAAGCAGUCAUGCCUCCAGCGCCCAGCACUUACGACUGCUCAUCCGGGGGCAGGACCAGGACUGCUUCCAGCUUCAGAACACUUUUGGCUCAGAGGAGCGACUGACCAGUAACUGUGAGGUUACAGUUUGCCCGAAGGAAGACGUUGUCAUCUCUGUGUUAUUUGCCCCUACUCGAUUGUCUUGUAUGUUGGCCAAACUAGAAAUCAAACAACUCAGAAAUCGAUUACAGCCCGGCAUUAAAUUCAUGAUACCUUUGUCUGGAUAUGGAGGAACAAGUAAUCUUAUUUUGGAAGGUGUGAAGAAGUUAUCUGACAGCUACAUGAUAACAGUUAACAGCUUAGUGCCUGGCCAGGAAAGCCGAGCUGUGUUUUCUGUCCGCAACACUGGCUCACGAGCAGCUUUCGUCAAAGCAGUAGGCUUUAAAGAUUCUCAGAAAAAGGUUUCGUUGGAUCCUAAAGUAUUGAGGAUUUUUCCAGAUAAAUUUAUACUCAAGGAAAGAAUGCAAGAAGAUGUUACUGUGGUGUACACCCCACCAGACGAGAGGAAUGACCAGAGAACUACAACAGAACUGUCCACUGUGUACUUCUUCGGUGGAGAUGAAAUUUGCCGGCAGCAGUAUCGAAGAGCCCUGUCACAUAACCCUGGGGUUGUCAAGCGGUUGCUUCCAGAACAUAGCGUGCUGCAAAACCUUGACUUUGCCGAAGUGUUCCAACACGAGCAGCUCGUAGAUGAAGUCUAUGAUCUUCCUCCACGGCCCAAUGAUAUUCAGCUCUUUUAUGGAAAUGUGCGUAAAAUCAUCCUGUCAGUAAUCGGAGAAUCCCGAGACUCCGUGUCCAAGGGAGAAUUUCUUCAGCCUUCCUCGCACUCUGGCAUGGAAUCUAAAAGUGACUCGGGGCUGUCUGGACGGCACAGCGGCAAUGUUUCUCUGGAUGUCCUCCCCGUCAGAGGUCCUCAGGGCUCCCCCUUUCCCUCCCGGGCUGCCCACCUGCCCCAGACUGCCCCAGCCUCUGCAGAGAUCUGGACCUUGCGGCCUGAGCACUUGAUCCUGCUGGCCCCUUUGGCCUUAGGUGAUAUGGCCAAAACUGGGCAUUUCCAGAUUGUGAAUAACUCUGUCCGGACCCUGAAAUUUGAGCUGUACUGGCCAGCACACUGUCUGACAGUCACCCCGGAGCAUGGGUUCAUCACGCCAGAGAGUAAGCAACAGAUUCUGGUGAGUCCUAACCCCUCCUUAUCCACAAAGCAGCUGACAUUACCGUGGAGCGGUUCCAUCUACGUGCACGGGGACGACGGAGAGAAGAAAAUUGUGAAGGUUCAAAUUCGAGAAAAUUUGACCCAGGAAGCACUUUUAUCUCGUUUGACCUCUGGCAUACUUGGAAGUCUUGUCCCGGCAUCUGGGCCUCCUGUGAGUCAUUUGAUGAAGCUGGCCACAAAGCCCCCUUCCACGCAAGUGCAGAUACGGAGCAAGACCGUGACCUUCCCUGCAACGGCCCCCGGAGAGACCUCAGAGAGCUGUCUGGAGCUAGAGAAUCCCGGACCCACGGAUGUGAGGUGGCACCUGUCGUCCUUUGCCCCACCGUAUGUCAAGGGAGUCGAUGACAGCGGAGAUGUCUUUCGAGCGACCUACACGGCAUUCAGGUGCGCUCCUAUUUCCGGUACACUGGGAAGCCACGGAACCCAAAAGGCAGUCGUGGGAACUAUCGCAUUUACGUGAUAUUGGCCCAAAGGAAACAAAACAACCUUGAAAAACAACGUGAUUUAUGCCGACUUUUGGACUUCUAAUGAGUCCUAGAGUCGAACUGUAAAGUCAUAAUCACCAAGAGUCCUGGAGAAGCCUUGGUAGUGGCCACAAACUGUAUUGUACUUCCCUGGUCUGUGCAAGGCUGCCAGAGCUCCUCAGUGCUGUAGAGACACAGUUGUGCAAGUGUCACUUGCUCCUUUUCCCGAACCACAGCAGAAGCAAAGCAGAACAGAAUGGAAAAGCUCAGCACAGGGGAGGGGUUGCAGGAGAGUAUGCAGCAGGAGAGCCAGCCUGCGUGGGUGGGUGGGACGAGCGAGCAUCGUUAGCACAGUGCCGCUCCCUGAAUUGGCACAGAUCCAUUAUAAUCCCAGUCCAACCCCAGAUGGACUUUAAAAAAAUGUGUUUUUAUUUUAUUUGUUUUUGAAGUUGAGAUAUGAAUAUGAAUGAUGAUAUGAAUAUGCACGGAACCCAAAGGAAACAAAACAACCUUGACAAACAACAGAAUUGAAAGGCUUACAUUGCAGGGCAGUAGUUGAGGCCAGAGGGCUGCAGGUCUGAGGCUAACCUGGGCUGCUUCUUAGACCCCAGCUCCAAGUAAAAUGGCUGGGGCAUAGGUUUGUGGUGGAGCACCCCUGGGGCUUAAUCCCCAGUGCUGGGGAAAACCAAACCAGGGUGGAUUGAUGUAGAGCAGACACACAGAGCUCCAAACGUGUAUGGAAGACAAUCGGGAGUCCAGAAUAAACCCUCAUAUCUGUGCUCACUUGAUAAUCCUUUUUUUUUUUUUUUUGGUACUGGGGAUUGAACUCAGGGCCUUAUGCAUGCUAGGCAAGCACCCUACCACUGUGCUGCAUCCCCAGCCCUUGAUACUCUUGAUAAGGGCGCUAAAAUAGUUUAGUGGAGAAAGUGUUUUUCAGCAAAUGGUGCUAGAAAAACUGGAUAUCCAGAGAUAAAAGAAUUAGAUUGGGUCCUUAGCUAUCAUCAUGUAAAAAGAUUAACUCAAAAUAGACCCAAAAUGUAAGAGCAAAAAACAUAAAACUUAUAGAGAAAUAGGUUAUGCGUUGAUUUCUUAGAUGUGACACCAAUACAAUAAAGCAAAAACUACGAAAGCAAAUAUAACACCAUCAAAGUAAAAAGACUACCCACAGAGUGGGAAAAAUAUUUGCAAAUUACAUAUUUGACAAAUGACUCACUUCUAGAAUACAGUAAUACUUUUUGUAAUGAACUUUUAUAACUCAGUAAACAAUCCAGUUUUUUUUUUUUUUGGUUUUAAAUAAAUCUUACUGUAAUCCAGACUGGCCUCGAACUCAUGAUAAUCCUCCUGAAUGCUGAGAUUAUAGUCAUGUGCCACUACAUCUGGCUGAUCUAGUUUUUAAUAUGAGCAACUUGACAUGAUAGUGCAUACCUGUAAUCUUAGCUACUUAAAAGGCCGAGGUAAAAAGAUCCCAAGUUCCAGGCAACCUGGGCACCUUAGACCCUAUUUCAAAAUUUAAAUGAAAGGAGGGUGGGAAGGGCUUGGGAUGUAGCUCAGUGGUAGAGUGCUUGUCUA